CCGAGUAUAUUGUGCCCCAGAGCCCUCUGCCGGACCCUCUGCUCCUGCAGGGAACCUCUUCCCUUUCUUGAGCACCGUGGGGCCUGGCCCUAUCGACUCUGGGGGCCUCUUUGCACUGAGACAAGCACCUCUUGAGUUGGGUCCUUUGCUCUUGCUGGACCUCUUUCCCCUGACUUGAGUCCCACCACUCCUGGCACCACGGUUUAGUAGGGCUUCCUUUGCCUGUCUCAAGCGCCAUGGCGCUUGGCCCUCUGCUCUUGCAGGGCUCCAGAGGCCCGAUCCAAGCCCCAUGGGCCUGGCCUUGGUCUUUGAGGGCUUCCUUCCCCUCCCUUGAGCACCAUGGGGCCUGGCCUUGGGACCUCUUUCCCCCACUUCAAGGGCUAUAGGCCCUGUGCCCUGCGCUGAGCUCCACAGAGAGGGGACGUGUGCUUUCGCAGGGGCUCUGUGUCCUGAGGAGAGAGCGCCCCAUAGGGCUGAGCCUUCUGCAUCUCUAGGCCCUCUGUGCCUUGCUUCGGCUGCCAUGGGCUCAUUUGGGAAGCUUGGCUGCAUUUCACACUGCCGACGCUUUCCCUCCCGGGACUUCCCCAUGUGUCCCUUCGCAGGCUUGUGACCCUUGUGCUCUGGGCUGGGCCUGCCCAGGUCUUGAAAACCUCCAUGCUCAGGGAUGCCUCCACCUGGCUGGACACCCCACUCUGGUGCUCUGUGUGCCUCACGGGACUUUUCAUUUUUCCUUAUCUGCAGCCUGAACCUCUCCAGUCCCAGCUGAUGCCGCUUGUCUCUGCUCCUGCCACCAGGCACUGCUGGGAGGAGCCUGUCCCCAUCCCUGUCAUCCCUUCCCACAGGCACCAGGCAGUGCUGUUAGGUGCCCCUAAGCCUCCUCUGGUCCAUGCUGAGCCGGCCCCGGCCCCAUACACCCUCCACACGAGGCGAGUGCUCCAGCCCCACUGCAUCAGUGGCCUCUCCUCAACCCCUCCGGCUUGUUGACAUCUCUCCCACCCAGGACCCCAAGGAGGACGAGUGCUGAGCAGAGCAGAUCACCCCAGAGAGGGGUGAAAGACAGGAAAAAAACCCUGAGAGCAAGUCAAGGGCUGCCUUUGGCUUGGCAUGGGAAGAACCAGCAGCAGAGCUGGAGGGUGGGGAGAGCUUGUGGGACUGUGUGGUGCUGCCUCAAAGGCAGGCGUGAGGUUUUAUUGAAUGUAUGUGGAGAUGUCUGCCGUGGCCAGGGUGAGCUGAUGGCGCCCUGGGGAGACACGGCCUAGGCUGCAGUGACUGGUGAAUAACGUUGAUGCUGAGCAUUAGACAGGAGAUCGGGGGAAUGGAGUGACAGUGGCUUUGCGGUAGCCCCAGACACAUGUGCUGGGGCCAGAGCGCUGCCAGAGCGAGCGCUGCGGGGCGGGACGGCCCAUUGUGAUGGCUCCGAGCGAUGCACUGUGAGAGCCUGGAGCGACGGAUUGUGACUGCGUGGCCCUCGCUGCUCAUAUGCGGGCGCAGAGUCCCACCGCGCCGGCUAGUGCCCGCACUCCAGCUGAGCGUUUACGCGAGGUCUGGAGUGAGGAGCAAGGUUGGCCUUGGUGCUGGUGUCGUGCUCUGGGAGUUGCUGCAGCAGCUCUCAGUGCCCUUCCCAGAGCCAUCGGAGAUCCUUCCGCGGCCCUGCCUCGUUCGGGCCGUCGGGAGACCCAGGAGGAGCGCUCGCAGCAGCAGAGCGUGACACCUGCUGCUGCAGCGCCGGUGAGAGGGAGCGGCUCGUCAUCGCCAGUUCUCCCCAGCUCACCUCAGCAGGCGGAGAGCAUGGCCACGGCGCUGGACACCCGCUGUCCCAUCUGUCUGGACAGCUGGGUGAACCCCAGCUAUGUGGUGCCAUGCCUCCACCGCUUCUGCUUUGCCUGCAUCCGGCGGUGGGCUGAGAGCAAGCCCGAGUGCCCCCUCUGCAAGAGGAGGGUGAGCUCCAUCGUGCACUCGGUGCGGGCGGACAACAGCUUCAAGGAGCUCGUCAUCCCACCACCUGCGGAGGCACCGGUCACCGCCCAGCAGGCAGACGGAGCUCCUGCCCACCCAGCCUCCCGACCAGAGGCUGCAGGACCAGUGCCCACAGCCGCUGUGGGCGGCCUCCACCCCGUCGCCUGGGCGUCCCUGUUCCGGCUGUACCCUGCUGUGCUCCAGCCCCUGCUGCCCUGGCUGCGCCACGAGCUGGGGCAGCUCCUCGGGGAUGACGGCAGGGCAGCCUCAGAAGCGCAGCGCAACGUCAUCUCAGGCCUGCGCUUCUUUGGCCUGGACGAGGGGGCCCUCACCCUGCUCCUGAGGACCUCCCUGGGAAGGCAGACGGCCGGCUUCGUGCAGCGGCUCAUUGCCACCGCCGUGCAGCGGUGCAGCGGGGAGGCCCGAAACAUCCUGGGCCUGGGGACCUCCCGUGCUGCCGGAGGACGGGAGGGCAGCCCUGCAGCAGUCCCCAGCCACGCUGUCAGCUCGGUGGGGACACCAGCAGCCGGCCCAGAGCCCUCCGAGGGAACCAACGUGGAGGAGCUCCCUGGGACCUCAAAUGCUGCCUUCCAUGGGAGACCGAGCCGCCUUCCAUCCGUCCCGGUUCCUGAGCCUAGAAAUCAACAAGUGCCACCGGAGGAACCACAGGAGGCUGUGGCCGGUCCCUCCACUGCCGGCCAGGGCAGGGACCAAAGACGCAGGGGGCCCCAGCGAGCCGCGAAGAGGAGGGCCCCCACUUCCCAGGACUCUGCCCCACCCGCGAAGAGGCCACCCCGCCGGCGACACUAGAACAGCGCCCCAGGAGCUGGCCAAGCUGGGGCUGGGCCAGCAGAUGGGGCGCACGCUGGCAACCGGGACGGACCAGAAGGCUCACAGCAGUCUGAAGCUAUUGGACAAAAGAAAUAAAGCUACGAAAGCUAUCAGAAAAGUCCCUGUAUUGCUAACAACACGGUUGGCAUCGCUGUCCCCACCCCUGCCGCCAUCUCCUCCUCUUCCUACUGCUGUGCCCACCGCUUCCUCACAGGGCUGCUGGGCCUGAAGGCCGAUGGGGUCGGUCUGGUGGGAUUGGGGCGCGGCGAUGCCGCCCUUUGCCAGGAGGGCUGGGGUGUUCGUCUCAGCGCUUCCUUCCCCACGUGCCCGGCACCACUGCUGU